AUGAUAUCCAGAGGUCCACUGUUGAAGACACUGGGUACUGUGAACCCAGUGCUCAAUAAUGUCCUGUUGAGGUCAACUGCCAAUAAUAUUCGUUAUAAUGCUGUAACAAAAGGGAGCAGACUUUUUUCGAGAAGUGCUAUUGCCCUCAAUUCACAACCCGUUGUGAAAAAACCACUGUACAGGAAAGCUGGUAAAUUUUUAUGGAAGUCAACUCUAUAUUUGUCCCUACUGGGGGUCUCAUACUUCGGUUACUCGCUGUACAGGGAAACAAACCCUGCAAAGACAGCUCCACAGGCGACUACUUUCUCCAAUGGGUCUCCUAGAAAGACCAUUGUCAUCUUGGGGUCCGGGUGGGGGGCAAUUUCGCUGCUGAAGUCAUUGGAUACCACCCAGUACAACGUCGUGGUGGUGUCGCCAAGAAACUAUUUCUUGUUCACCCCAUUGUUGCCAUCCACACCCGUCGGGACAGUCGAACUGAAAUCUAUAGUCGAACCGGUCAAAUCAAUCACUAUGCGGUCCAGUGGGGAAGUCUCGUACUACGAAGCAGAUUGUACAGAUAUUAACACCAAGAAGAAAACAGUUAGAAUCCAGCCCGUAGCCCGUGGGAAGGAUGUCCCCGAAGUACCAGAAAUGAACCUCAACUACGACUACCUGGUGAUCGGUGUAGGGUCGCAACCUACCACUUUCAACAUCCCGGGUGUCUACGAACAUUCCUCGUUUCUGAAGGAGAUUGGCGACGCUCAGGAGAUCAGGUUGAAAAUGAUGAACAGUAUCGAAGAGGCAGCACUACUUUCCCCAGACGACCCAGAGAGGGCAAGGCUGCUAAGCUUCGUCAUUGUUGGGGGUGGGCCCACGGGUGUAGAGUUUGCCGCUGAGUUAAAGGACUACGUCGACCAAGAUUUGGCUAAAUGGAUGCCUGAAUUGAGUAAAGAGAUUAAAGUCACACUCGUGGAAGGUAUGCCACACAUCUUGAGCAUGUUUGACAAGAACUUGAUUGACUACGCGGAGAAACUGUUUAAGAAGGAACAAAUCAACUUGAAAUUGAAGACACACGUACAGGCAGUCACCCCAACGAAAGUUCUAGGUAAAAACGCAGACAGUAACAAAAUUGAGGAGAUAAGUUAUGGUGUUCUAGUAUGGGCUACGGGGAACGCGCCGCGUGACGUAGUAAAGGAUCUGAUGAACAAAUUACCUGAACAGAACUCAAGACGUGGUCUUUUAAUCAACGACAAAUUGCAACUGUUGGGUGCAGAAAGUUCAGUGUUUGCCAUCGGUGACUGUACUUUCUUCCCAGGGCUGUUCCCCACGGCCCAAGUCGCCCACCAGGAGGGGAAAUACUUGUCAACUGUGUUCAACAAGUUGCACAAAAUUGACCAACUGGAAUGGAGAGUCCAACAACAAAAGACCCAAAACGCUUCAACGGAGAUUAUAAAUAAACUACAGGGCAACAUCAAGAAAUUGAACGACCUGAUCGUCCCCUUCAAGUACCACCAUAUGGGUUCGUUGGCCUACGUCGGUAAAGAUAAGGCCAUUGCCGAUAUCCCAAUCGGCGGCUCGAAUAUCACAUCUGCAGGGUCCUUCACUUUCCUAUUCUGGAAGUCGGCCUAUCUAGCCAUGUUUGAGUCAUUCAGAAACAGACUGCUGGUGGCGUUAGACUGGACUAAAGUGUUCAUCACGGGGAGAGACUCGUCAAUUUGA